AUGGCUCUGAAUCCUCCCGCAGAAAAUGCGGUUGCAGCUGCAGGUGCCGGCAUGGUGGAGCCAAAAUUGCAGGAAGUAGGCCAAGAAACGGAGAAUACCGACAGGCCUGUCAAAUUUUCGAAGGUGCUCAUGAUAUCAAUUGUAUUAUGCUUGGCAACUUUGUGCGUAUCAAUAGACAAUACGAUCAUUUCCACCGCUGUACCUCGGAUUACCAAGCAAUUCCACAGCAUUGAUGAUGUGGGUUGGUAUGCAGCAAUCUACCCAUUGACAUCCUGCGCAUUCCAACCUUCAUAUGGAAAGAUCUAUACACUCUUCUCCAGCAAAUCUGUUUUCUUGGCCGCGUUGCUGAUAUUCGAGGUCGGAAGCGUUGUCUGUGCAACUGCACUUACUUCUCACGUGUUCAUUCUGGGGCGGGCAUUGGCAGGUGUAGGCUCCGCUGGGAUACAAGCAGGCACUACACUCAUUCUCGCUGAAUGUGUUCCAUUGAGCCAGCGGCCAACAUGGAACAGCAUAAUUGGUAGCAUGUUUGCAGUCGGGAGCGUGGCUGGACCUUUACUGGGAGGAUCUUUCUCGGAUACAACUACAUGGCGUUGGUGCUUUUACAUAAAUCUCCCAAUGGGGGGCUCUGUCAUGAUCUUCAUCUUCCUUUUCUAUCACAGUACUAGCAGUGACGAGACAGCAUUUGAGUCGACCGGAUUUCGCAGCCAAAUCGCUCGCUUCGACUUGGCUGGCACUUUUACCUUUAUGUCCGCAACUGUUUGUCUUCUCUUAGCACUCUCUUGGGGCGGUACGACAUAUGCAUGGGAUAAUGUUCACAUGAUAGCCCUGCUCGCUCUUGCUGGUCUUCUAUUUUGCUUUUUCGUGGGCGUCGAAUACUGGAUGAAAGAUAGGGCUAUCAUUCCUUUGCGCUUACUACGUACACGAAGCAUAUGUGCGGCAAUCUGGUUUGGCAUUUGCCUUGGAGGCGUAUUCUUUAUCAAUGUCUAUUACAUUCCGCUAUGGUUUCAAAUUGUCAAUGGCGUCUCUGCCGUCGAAUCAGGAAUCCUCUUCAUCCCAUUUAUGGUCAGUGUCGUCGGCGGAUUCAUGCUCGCGGGCUUUGGUACUGCUGGAACGGGAUAUUACACACCCUUCGUCUACGCUGGAUCAGUGCUAAUGUCUAUCGGUACUGGCCUUUUGAUGACUGUUCAGCCCCAUGAUACCUCCCGUGCCAAGUGGGUCGGGUUUCAGAUAAUAUGCGGAGCAGGAAUUGGUCUAGGAGAAGAGCAAGGACUGUACAUGGUGCAGACCACGCUUCCUGAAAGUGAUGUUGCAACUGGAAUUGGCCUCAUCCUGUUCGCGCAGACGUUUGGUGGUGCUUUGUUUGUGUCGAUCGCGCAAUUGGUUUUUCUGGAGAACAUCGGCAAAGCACUGAAAACACUAGCCCCGAACGUGAAUCCUAAGUCUGUUCUGGACGGAGAAUCGACGGGCUCAUCGCCAGAAUUACAGGCAGUCUAUAGCAUGGCAAUCAAAGGUGCCCUCCGCAUUGGGCUUAUACUAGCAACUGUAUCGACUCUAGGCGCCGUGCUCUACGAGUGGAAAAGCCUGAAGACGAAGAGUGAGGAUGAAAAUCGCGAGCGCGGGGGUUUGCAGGAGCCGCAAAAGGUAGUUGGGGUUCAGCCAGAGGUCAAAAAGCUAUAA